AUGCACGCAGUUAAGAAUUUCAUGGAGAAGACAUGGAAUUUUGUAGCACUACUAGAACUAUACUUCAAUGAAGCGGGAUACUUCAUUGUGCGUUUCAGGACCUGGGAGGAUUUGAACAAGGUUAUGGAGCAAGGGCCAUACUUUAUCUUUGGUAAGCCUAUCUUUCUAAAGUACUGGUCUGUGGAUUUUGAAAUAAAAGCUGAUUUGCUGCGUGUGCUGCCUUUAUGGAUUACUUUGCCAAACCUUCCUCUAUAUCUAUGGGGGGAGAGGAGUAUCUCUAAAAUAUCCAGCGCCAUAGGGAAUCCCAUCACAACGGAUGAAUGCACUGCGAGGAAAUUGAGGAUAUCGUAUGCGAGGGUUCUGGUUGAGGUUGAUAUCACCAAACCAGUUAAGCAAUCAAUCACCAUCAGAGACCAUAGUGGAAAAGAAUGGGAGCAAAAAAUCGAGUAUGAAUGGCGUCCAAAAUAUUGCCAAACAUGCCUGAAGAUUGGACACGACUGUGCCACAAGGAAGAUGAAUGAGCAUCCAAAACCUAAACAGAGGGUGUGGCAAGAGAAAGCUAAGGAACCUGAAACUAAAGGUGAGGAUAAUGGUGGUAAGGAAGCUACUCAAGCUGCCCCCGAAGUAGAAGUUUGGACUCAGGUUGGGUCAAGCAAGAAUGACAAGGCUAAGAAGAAGAUUGUCUUCUCUCCUCCUGAAGACUUGGUUGUUCAGAACAUAUUCACACCUCUUGGGAUUGGAGUUAGCCUAAGAGGUGAGCCAAGUAACUCGAAAUGA